UGGGUGUGAGUGGUUAUUUUACGGGGACUGGCUUCCAGAACAUGAAAGGACCUGCUCCUGAACCGCCCUCGCCAAGUUUCAUUUUCCUGUUCGGCUUUACCGGAAUCGAAACUUAAUUCUGAGAUUGAAUCUCUGUCUGCUGGGAGUUCCUUUUCCAAGCGGCAGUGUAAGCAUUCCAGUCUGUUGCUUAAAACACAUCUCUUCAGUACAUCGUUGUACGUCUGCGAUCGAGUUUGGUUUUCACACUCGCUGUGUUUUUGUUUGAUAUGUAAAUUAAUUUGGGAGAGGCCGCGUUAAACCAUUGGUGAGAAUUUCCUUUGGUUCCUGCGUUAAGAAUUGAACGGAGUACAGGUUGAAUCUUCUACGGACACCCAGCAGGAUGUUUCAAAGGGCUUCAACUAGGCGUGGUGUCAUACCUCGGCUCACGACAGCUGAACAGAAACAAUUGUGUAAACUUCUUGGGAAAGUGAACUUCCAUUUACUUUACAAAGCAAGUGUUCAUGGAUUCCACAAAGACUAUCUCCACGCCAAAUGUAAAGACCAAGGAUCAACAUUAACUGUUGGGUACAAUGAGUCGGGUUUUGUUUUUGGAGGCUACAGGACGGAAAAUUUUGCUGUUGGGUCUGUAGUGGAUAACAAGGCUUUCCUUUUUCGACUGAAUACAAAUAUGGCAGGAGGAGAACCACUAAAGUUUCCUGUGAGACAAGGUGCUGUGGCAGUUUGUGAUAAUUUCAAAGAGGCUCCCAAUUUUGGAAACAGUCUUUUAUUUCAGCUGGAUUAUAGAAAAAUCACAGGCCAAUCCACUGGCUCCUACGAUGUUACAAACAAUGUCCUGUUUGGCAAUGAUGAAGAUCUCGUUGAAGUUGAGGUUUACCGGGUGGAAGAGAUAAGAGAUCCCUGGAGGAACAUAACUUGGACAACACAGAGAAAGCAAGAAUUGCUGAAAAUCAUCACGGACUAUAAGCCAUAUGUAAGCUCUGUGCGAAAGGCACGGGUUUUACUAAUUGGACCAGUUGGAGGAGGAAAGUCGAGUUUCAUCAACUCUGUCAAUUCGAUUUUCCGUGGUCAUGUCACCCAUCGGACUUUGGUUGGAAGUGGAGCGAGAAGCACAACAACAGUGUACACAACAUACUCCUUCAGAGGAAUCCAUGGCACAUCUCCCCCUCUGAUCCUUUGUGAUACAAUGGGACUUGCAGAAGACACUGAAGCAGGGAUGCACAGUGAUGAUAUUAUCAGCAUCAUCAAAGGAUAUGUUUAUAACAAGUAUAAGUUUAAUGUAGACUGCCCAUUCAAAGUUGGUGACAAUGCAUUAAAGACUAUUGAUGAGAAGGUACAUUGUGUUGCGUAUGUGAUUGAUGGGAGUAAAGCCACCAUACUGUCCAAUGAAAUGAAAAGGAAAAUUUGUGACAUUCGAUCAAGGAUUAAUGAAUUGGAGAUUCCACAGGUUGUCUUAUUAACAAAAGUGGAUGAAGAGUGCCCAAUGGUUGGGAAAGAUGUGGAAACUGUUUACCAGAGUGAUCUCAUUGAAAAGAAGGUGAUGGAGGUUGGGGAACAACUUGGUAUUGCAGUUUCAUACAUACUUCCUGUGAAAAAUUAUUGGUCAGAACUUGAGCUUCAAUAUGCUACAGAUAUUUUAAUACUAUCCGCUGUGGUACAGAUGUUACGUUUUGCAGAUGAUUAUUUUGAGAAUAUAGUUUAAUUUAUCUCCAAACUGUGACAUCAGUUUCUUAUGACUGUCUCCUUUGAAUCAUCGAGAUGAC